AAACGCAUAUUAUACCUUCCCAUUCACAGAAAGAAAAACACAACAAAUAUUUUUGUUUAAAAUACCGAUAUUACCCUCGAAAACAUUUCCGGUAAAGAUUCUGUUAUCCGCCGCCGUUGAUAUCUCCGAUCACAUUUCCUCCGAUUGAUCUCGAUCUUCUUAUCUGAAUAUUGACCAUAAUUUUUUUGUCCGAUCACCUUUUUUGGCCCCGAUUUUAGCUACAAGCAGGGCGGUAGUCUAAAGAUGAAAUCAGGACGACAUACGAUGGACGGAUGGGGUACCAAGAGGAUAAGAAGGAUCCCGACAUUGGUUGAUCUUUGUGUUCAAAAAGCUAUAGAUAACGUUAGGUACUUAGGAGAUGUAGGUGAGACGGACCAACAUUUAUUAGAGCGGAUUUUACCACAUUGUACUAUGGAUCAGAUUAAACAUAUUGAGGAGAAAACCAAGGGACGAGAUCUUAGCCCAGUUACUGAUAAGUUAUGGAAGAACUUUUACGUGCAGCAGUUUGGUUCUAAGAACGCCAAUGAUGUAGUUGAUAAAAUGAAAAAAAAGGGAGUUUCACACAAAUGGAGCGAGUUGUAUAAGAUAAAAUUGGAGGUCUUGGAAGAGGCUGAACAGAACAUAGGUGAAAGGCUAAAGCAACGUUAUUCUAAUGCUAAUGCUAUGAAGCAAAGUCGGCAAGUUCAACUGUGCACCAAGGUGCCACCCUCCAGCAAUAAAAGAUGUUUUUAUGGAGGGCCGGGUAUUAACCUUGGCAAUACAAAGAGUGGCUUGAUGAAGAAGGCAAAACUAGAAUUCCUUAAUAGCCGAGAGGUUAAAAACCUUUCAGCCAUGAAGAAAGCAACCGUGCAUAGAACUCCCAGUGUCACCCCUAUAAGGAAACCAAGUCUUUUUCAUGGAAGCUCUAGUACUUCAAGUUCCAAAUUUAGUACACCGACAGCAAGGAGAUUCUGAAAUGCCUAAGCAAGUUUGUCAUCUAUUCAUGUUGGUUUUCCAACCGUAGUUCAACUCAUUUGCAACCCAUAAAAGUUGUUUUAAAUGUUGAUAAAGUAGUUGUUCUGCUGUUCCUAUGUGCUUCCGAUUUCCAAAUCUGUAGUGUCAUGUAUUUUUUUAAUCAAUGGUAUAUUCUUUUUAGGGGAAA